UAUUGCCCGUCCUCUAAAGUAACAAGGAGGCAAAUGUUUACGAAGAGGGCUCUCGCCGAAGCGGGUUGUUUGCAAAGGUUUUGUUGCUGAUUGCGUGUCAGACGGAAGGCUGCAGAAGGCUGGUCAAGUUUGGAGCCACCGAGCAGGAAGAGGAGAAGGCUGAAGACAGUGAAGGGAGAAAUCUGGGGAAGACAACGCUGCACGCAGCCAGCCCGCGGCUCUCCGCCUCCGCGCCCGCCGCCCUCUUCCUCUUCCUCCACCACCCCUUCUCCGGCGGCAUCUCGUUCCAUCGCUUUCUCCCUUCCCUUGCAGACUCCACUCCAGAUCUGUGCUGCUACCUGAGAACUUUUUUCCCCCGUUUUUUGCAAUCCUCUUUUUUUUUUUUUUUUUUUUUUGAGCGGAUUUCCCUAAAACCAGCAAAUAACUAAAACUGCCGCUUUUGCGUCUUCUUCAUCUCCUUCGCCCACCGGAUAGAUGAUGCCACAAGGGUUUUAACUCCUUUCUGCUGCGAUCUGGGAGAAAGCUCGAUUUCUCCCGUCUCUUUUUGGGUCUUUUUGGUGUUGUUAUUAUUGUUGGUUAGUUGGGGUUUUUUUGUUGUUUUGGUUCCCCCCCCCCCCCUUUUUUUUUUCCUCCCUCCCAAGACCUUUCCUUUUAUAUUCGCAGACGAACGCUCAUAGUGCCGGUUGUUUAGAGUUUAAUGAGUGGCGAUGUGUAGCAAAGCGCUCCUGGCACUCCUGGUCUAUGGCAUAAUAAUGCACUGCAGCGUCUACUGCUCGCCGGCGGCCGGACUUCAGUACCCGCCGCUCAGGCUGGAAGAUGAAGUCUACGACGAGGACGGAAAAACCCUACAAGACUUCGCCUACGACCACGAGCCCCUCGGUAUAGCUAACCCAUCCUCCGUGAUCGGCGAGAUGUACACCUGGUACUACCCCCCGGAAAAGAGGCACGCCGACGGCAUCUUCAGCAAAGCCUACAGGAAACUGCUGGGGCAGCUCUCCGCCAGGAAAUACCUGCACUCUCUGAUGGCCAAGCGGGUCGGUGGUGGCAGCGGCGGCCCCGGGGAAGAGGUGGAGCCGCUGACCAAGCGGCACAUAGACGGCAUCUUCACGGACAGCUACAGCCGCUACCGGAAACAAAUGGCUGUCAAGAAGUACUUAGCAGCAGUCCUGGGGAAAAGGUAUAAACAAAGGGUUAAAAACAAAGGACGCCGAGUAGCGUAUUUGUAGCGAUGAGUAACCAGCAAUUCCUGUGUGUACAAAGUCCUGAGAGAGAGAGACCCAACAACAAAAAAAUCUAAAACAACCCAAGUAAUUUCCAAACUGACUGAACAAUCACCGCUCCUGUGUUAUCUAAACAUGUAUUUAUGUAUGAAGUAAAGCCAUUAAAUGGAUAUUUUGAUAAUAAUAUUGUUUUUCUUUUUGUACAAAAGCACUAGAGAAACGCACAGAUCUACUUUGUGGACCAAUCAUUAAGUUAUAUAUAUUAUAUAAAUAUAUAUAUAUAAAUACUACUACGAAUAGUAAAGAACAGUUCUUCAUAUAAAGCCUGCACAAGAACAAGAAUUCGCCUGAGCUGUUUAUGUUUUUAUAUAAAAUAAAUAGGAAAAAAAAAGAGACAAUCAUUGUUUUGAAUAUUACUCCUAUUUUUGUAACCGAAAUUAAAAGGAUAGUAUUUUUAUCCGUGACAGGGUCGAAGACAUUAAUUUUCACCAUUUGCUACUGUACAUAGAGAAGGAUGCUCUGCUCCCAAGGGAAUCAUGCGGAAAAAUGAUUUGGGAGAUUUGGUGAAGCAGAUUCUUCCCCAAGUGAGUCUUCAGGCAGGCUCCUUCACCAACAGCCUCUGCGAAGGCUCCUUGUCUCUAGAUUUCGGAUUUUUUUUCUUCUCCUGCUUCCUUUUAUCCCAGUUGUAGCUGUAUUAGUGUCUCCUCAAACAACGAGCACAGACAAUAAUUCUUCUGUGAAAACAACAGCUCGAUCCAAAUUAUGAAUCUCUAUUGUCCAUUGAAGAGAGAAACAGCUAAGAAACCUUAACCAAACCAACCAAACAACCAAAACCCCCAAAAAAAAAAAAAAUCAAACAAAAAAAAAAUCAAACCGAAACAGCUAAAAAAAACCCCACCCGCCAAACCUUAAAUCCCGAUCCAACAGCCAGGACAGUGAGGACGAAGCCCCGAGCACUGGCCUCGGGGCUGGCUAGGCAGAGCCGCAGAACAAAGCGAAAACGGAGACAGGACCUAUUUGGGAAGUAAAUGGGGGGCGGCUUUCAGUGGGCCCCGGAGCCGGAGUCGGUACCGGAGCCCGUACCGCAGGGUCAAGGCAAGACGAGGGCAUCCCACCUUCGAUCCGCUACCCAACUGCCCUGGGCAGCUCGGUACUGGACCUGGAUGCAAAGUACAGUGUGUUACUCUCCAGUGCUGUCCACGCUUCUCAUUAUGUGUAACGAGUAGGUUCGCCUUCGCACCUUUCGGUCGGAGUUGCUCUUCUCUUUGAUUUGGUUGUUUUUAUUUUCUCUGUUUUCUUCUGUGUUUUUUUUUUUUUUUUUCCGGUUUUGUUCUGUUGUUGUUGUUGGUUGUUUUUGGUUUUGUUUAUUUGUUUGCUUGUUGUUUUUUUUUUGAAGGGGUGUGUCCCCGCCUUGUAAACACUCCCGUUUUCCAUCCUCUCUUAGCACUUUUCCAAACUCUGUUUUAACCCACCCUAAUCACCUUUUUGUGUUACGUUCUUUUGGGGAAAACCACCAAAAUAUCAAAAAGAUUGUGAACGCUCUCUCACUCCUUUGUUCUGUUUUAUGCAAGCUCUUAUUGUACGAGUUUAGGAACCCCUGUUGUAGCUACCACUAAAGAAUUAUGCACUACUACGAACGUUUUUGUUCCUUGUUUAUUGAGUUUGGAGGUAAAAUGUAUUUUUCUACAUUCUGGCUUAUUGCUUAGUAAAAUUUAUUUCAUAAAACAAACUUUUGUCAUAAAAGAAUGUGCAGUGUUCACCUGUGGUGCGGUUUCUAAUGAGAUAAACCAUUUUCACCUCA